GGCGGCGGGGACGGAGGUGAGCGGCUCCGCGCCGGCAGCCGCUCGGUCCUGCCCCCGCCGCGGCGCUCUCCUCCUCCUCCCCGCGGGCAGGGCGCCGAGCCGCGCGCCCGCCCCGCCGCCGCCGCCGCCGCCGCCUCGUCCCUCCGGGCACCAUGGAGCUCUCGCCGUCGUCCGGAGGAGCCGCAGAGGCGCUGUCCUGGCCGGAGAUGUACCCGGCACUGGAGUCCGACUCGCCGCUGCCCCCGGAGGAGCUGGACGCGGUUGUCCCAGUCAGUGGGGCCGUGGCCGGUGGCAUGCUGGAUCGGAUCCUUCUGGAGUCCGUGUGCCAGCAGCAGAGCUGGGUCCGGGUGUACGAUGUGAAAGGGCCACCUACCCAUCGUCUGUCUUGUGGCCAGUCACCCUACACUGAGACGACAACAUGGGAACGGAAAUUUUGCAUCCUCACAGACAGCCAGUUGGUGUUGCUCAACAAAGAGAAGGAGAUACCUGUGGAGGGAGGACAGGAGCAGCAGACAGAUUCCACCAAAGGGCGAUGUCUGAGGAGAACUGUCAGUGUCCCUUCCGAGGGUCAGUUUCCUGAGUACCCACCAGAGGGCGCAGCUAAACUGGAGGUGCCAGCAGAAAGGUCCCCCCGCAGACGGAGUAUCUCAGGGACCAGUACGUCAGAAAAACCCAACUCCAUGGACACUGCAAAUACCUCACCCUUCAAAGUACCAGGAUUCUUCAGCAAGCGCCUGAAAGGCUCCAUCAAGAGGACCAAAAGCCAGUCAAAGCUUGACAGAAACACGAGCUUUCGGCUUCCAUCCCUCCGUAAUACAGAUGACAGGUCUCGUGGGCUGCCUAAACUAAAGGAGUCACGUUCCCAUGAAUCCUUGCUGAGCCCAUGCAGUGCAGUGGAGUGUCUUGAUCUUGGUAGAGGAGAGCCUGUAUCAGUGAAACCACUCCAUAGCAGCAUCCUUGGACAAGACUUCUGCUUUGAGGUUACCUACUUAAGUGGAAGUAAAUGCUUCAGCUGUAACUCUGCUUCAGAGAGAGAUAAGUGGAUGGAAAACCUUCGCAGGACAGUUCAACCAAAUAAGGACAAUUGCAGACGAGCUGAAAAUGUUCUUCGUUUAUGGAUCAUUGAAGCCAAGGACCUUGCCCCUAAAAAGAAAUAUUUCUGUGAACUGUGCCUUGAUGAUACCCUCUUUGCUCGUACAACCAGCAAGACCAAAGCAGACAAUAUUUUCUGGGGUGAACAUUUUGAAUUCUACAGCCUUCCACCUCUUCAUAGCAUCACAGUUCACAUUUAUAAAGAUGUGGAAAAAAAGAAGAAAAAAGACAAGAAUAAUUAUGUAGGGCUAGUCAACAUCCCCACUGCCAGUGUGACUGGUCGCCAAUUUGUAGAAAAGUGGUAUCCUGUGAGUACACCUACACCCAACAAAGGAAAGACGGGAGGACCUUCUAUUCGAAUUAAAUCACGUUUCCAGACUAUCACCAUUCUGCCUAUGGAGCAAUACAAAGAAUUUGCAGAAUUUGUCACCAGCAACUAUACCAUGCUGUGUUCUGUCCUUGAACCAGUAAUUAGUGUGAGAAAUAAAGAAGAAUUAGCCUGUGCCUUAGUGCACAUUCUUCAGAGUACUGGCAGAGCCAAGGAUUUUCUGACCGAUUUGGUGAUGUCUGAGGUGGAUCGAUGUGGAGAGCAUGAUGUCUUGAUCUUCAGAGAGAACACCAUUGCCACCAAAUCCAUUGAGGAAUACCUCAAGUUGGUGGGACAACAGUAUCUUCAUGACGCUUUGGGGGAGUUCAUCAAAGCUUUGUAUGAGUCAGAUGAGAACUGUGAGGUGGAUCCCAGCAAAUGUUCAUCUAGUGAACUGAUAGACCAUCAGAGCAACCUGAAAAUGUGCUGUGAGCUGGCUUUCUGCAAGAUCAUCAACUCUUACUGCGUUUUCCCUCGUGAGUUGAAAGAAGUGUUUGCAUCAUGGAAGCAGCAGUGCCUGAACCGUGGCAAGCAAGACAUCAGCGAGCGGCUCAUCAGUGCCUCAUUGUUUCUCCGUUUUCUGUGCCCGGCCAUUAUGUCUCCCAGUCUUUUCAACCUUAUGCAGGAGUAUCCUGAUGACCGCACGUCUCGGACUCUGACUCUAAUUGCCAAAGUCAUUCAGAACCUGGCUAACUUUGCCAAAUUUGGUAACAAAGAGGAGUACAUGGCAUUCAUGAAUGAUUUUUUAGAACAUGAAUGGGGUGGAAUGAAACGCUUUCUUUUGGAGAUCUCUAAUCCAGACACCAUCUCAAAUACCCCAGGCUUUGAUGGUUACAUUGAUCUAGGCCGAGAACUUUCAGUUUUGCAUUCCUUACUGUGGGAAGUAGUUUCCCAACUUGAUAAGGGUGAAAAUUCCUUCCUACAGGCGACCGUGGCAAAAUUGGGACCUCUCCCUCGUGUUCUUGCUGAUAUUACCAAGUCUCUGACUAAUCCUACACCAAUACAACAGCAACUAAGACGCUUCACUGAGCAUAACUCCAGUCCAAAUGUCAGUGGAAGCCUCUCCUCUGGGCUGCAGAAAAUAUUUGAAGACCCCACUGACAGUGAUUUGCAUAAACUAAAAUCUCCAAGCCAGGACAACACAGAUAGCUAUUUCAGAGGGAAAACAUUGUUGCUGGUUCAACAAGCCUCCUCUCAGAGCAUGUCUUAUUCUGAAAAGGACGAAAAGGAAGGUAGCCUUCCUAAUGGUCGGAGCAUCUCCCUCAUGGACCUUCAGGACACUCACGCUGCUCAAGUGGAGCAUGCAUCUGUCAUGCUUGAUGUGCCUAUGCGCUUGACCGGAAGCCAGCUCUCCAUAACCCAGGUGGCCAGCAUCAAACAACUGCGGGAAACCCAGAGCACUCCCCAGAGUGCACCCCAAGUGAGAAGGCCCCUGCAUCCAGCCUUGAACCAGCCAGGCACCCUCCAGCCCUUGUCAUUCCAGAACCCGGUCUAUCACCUCAAUAACCCAAUUCCCGCAAUGCCAAAGGCCUCUGUGGAUUCCAGUUUGGAGAACCUAAGCACUGCCAGUUCCAGAAGCCAAAGUAACAGUGAAGACUUCAAGCUCAGUGGACCCAGCAAUAGCAGCAUGGAGGAUUUCACCAAACGUAGCACUCAGAGUGAGGACUUCUCCAGGCGGCACACUGUGCCCGACAGACACAUACCUCUUGUUCUGCCACGGCAAAACAGUACUGGGCAGGCCCAAAUUCGAAAAAUGGACCAGCCUGGGUUAGGUGCCCGAGCCAAAGCCCCACCAUCCCUGCCACACAGUGCUUCCUUACGUAGCACGGGGAGCAUGUCGGUGGCAUCUGCAGCUCUGGUGGCCGAACCUGUGCAGAAUGGGAGCCGGUCCCGGCAGCAGUCCUCUUCCUCCAGAGAAAGCCCUGUUCCCAAAGUGAGAGCAAUCCAGAGACAACAGACACAGCAGGUUCAGUCACCUGUGGACUCUGCCACAAUGUCCCCAGUGGAGAGGACAGCAGCCUGGGUGCUGAACAAUGGGCAAUAUGAAGAAGAUGUGGAAGAAACUGAGCAAAAUCAAGAUGAAGCCAAGCAUGCUGAGAAGUAUGAACAGGAAAUUACUAAACUGAAGGAGCGCCUGAGAGUGUCCAGCCGUCGGCUGGAGGAGUAUGAACGCCGGUUGCUGGUGCAGGAGCAGCAGAUGCAGAAGCUGCUGCUGGAAUACAAGGCCCGGCUGGAGGACAGCGAGGAGCGCCUACGCAGGCAGCAGGAAGAGAAAGACAGCCAGAUGAAGAGCAUCAUCAGCAGGCUAAUGGCUGUGGAAGAAGAAUUGAAAAAGGAUCAUGCUGAGAUGCAAGCAGUUAUUGACGCAAAGCAAAAAAUAAUUGAUGCACAGGAAAAACGGAUCGUGUCCUUGGAUUCGGCCAACACCAGACUGAUGAGCGCACUGACCCAAGUGAAGGAGCGAUACAGCAUGCAGGUCCGCAAUGGCAUCUCCCCCACCAACCCCACCAAGCUUUCCAUCACGGAGAAUGGUGAAUUCAAAAACAGCAGCUGCUGACGGGCUUUGUGAAUAGACAGACUGGGAGGAGACAGAAGGAAAUUUCCCCACUCUCCAGUCCCCAGCCCUUUACCCAAACCCACCAGGUCUACAGAAUGUUGCUACUUCAAAAGCAUUGUGGCAAGAAACUCUUGAAUGAAGAAAGGAACCUUGUCUUUCAGGGCAUAAGGCUAAGACUUCCAAGGUCGAUGCUUUACCCUCAUGUCUCUAUGUACAUAGGGAACUUAGUUCUGGGCCAUGUACAGAAAAUACCACUGUAAUAUACCAAAAGGAAGUUAAUAAUGUAGAUUACCUUUUUAAUUAUUGCUAUUUUUAUUAUUGUUUUCCUCUUUGUUGAAAGCACUGCAGUUGUUAGAGGAGAAAAGUAGGAACUAUGUGUGCGUGAGAAAUGAGCCCAGGGGUUCAGUAGGUAGAGACCAAGUAUCUGUCUGAUAGAAGCACAUGGUGUGCAAUAGGACAUUGUCAGAAUGAAUUUUUCAGGGAUUCACCUGCCAGUUUAAUAACCCCACUCUGGCCCCCUUGUCCUUUAGGAAAACAUGCAAAUACCAAGAUCCAAACAAAACAGUUUAUCCCAUUGAUCAACCAAGACUGGUUCUGGAUGGACAGCUGAUCUGAUUUGGGGAUGCACUGUUUCAGAGGACACAGAUAAGAGCUGUUGCAUCAAAACUGGACUUUAGGAGUGAUUUCUACUGAACUCCUGUUGAUGUGUAUUUCCUUCUGUCAGUAGCAGAUAGGAAUUUUCCAUUUUAGAUAGGGGGCGCUUUUUUUUACUCCAGUUGUAAUAAAGGGUGUUCUUUUUCCUCUUUAGAAUUUACAAAGCUAUAAAUAUUUGUGUCUCUAUAUACCACCUUCAUCUUCACACACCCACUGCCCUUUCCUCCCCCAUGGUGGGAGCAGUCAUCACCAACAGGGUUUACUCUCCCCUGGAGAGGUUAUUCAAAGAUGCUGUCCAUAAGCCAUCUGAAGUCAGCACCCUUUCUUCUGCACAGAAAAGGGCUAACCAUCCCAUAGCAGGAAUCUCUGAAUAUUUCCUAUUUAGAAAAAAAAAAAAGACAUUUUCUAUUGGUAAGUUAUAAUUUUUGUUUGGUAUGAAGAUUUUAUCCAUUGUACUAGCAAAUCUCCGGGCACAGUAAUCUUAUCUCAGUCUUUAACUUUUAAAUUGCUUCUUUUCCUAAUCCUCUCAGUAAAAUUUGGAAAGGAAAUCCAAAGCUGAAGCAUCACUCUCUUAAAAGUCAUGAUUACUCUUAUAAAAAAGAAAAAGUGUGAAGAUGGCACAUUCCAGUUGUUAUUCCCACGCUCUUAGUAGAUUUGGCAAUAAUGACCCAGUUUCACCAAUUGUCAUCCUUGGCUUUAUUGUGGGACAGAAACAAGUCAUGGAAGCUAGUUUACUUCCUUUUUUCCAGAGGUGUGAAAUGUCAUCUUGAAUGCAGACUUGAUUAUCAGAAGUAUGGAAUGUUACAUGUUAAACAGAUAUUAUAUAUACAAAUAUAUAUACAUAUAUAUUCACACGUAUGUACAUAUAACUGCACAAAUAGGAAAAGUUCAUGCCUUCUAUGCUGUCAGAUAUAAUGUUAAAAGGGUUUUGAAUCUCUUUAAGCAAGAUCUAAGCGGUCGUUUAUAUUGAGAAAGCAACAACAUUUCUCAAAUAAGUUAAUGAUGUUUAUUUAAGUAAAUUAUAAACUUUAGGGAAAUUUUUAAAAAGGAAAGGGGGAGAGAAAACCAAAAAGAAGGAUCUGAGGGAGCCAUAUGCAUGGAGUGGGUGUUUCUAUGGAGCAGAAUGUUUAUGAGGGAACAGGAGUGAAGCCCAGACAGACCCCAAGCCCCCCUUUCACCACGCCAUGCUUGCGCACUGCUCUCUCUCAGUGGAUCUUUAUGUCGGACCUUGCAUCGUCAUCAACAUCACCAUGGCCCCCCAGCCCCAACCUUCUAAAACAUUUCCCUUCAUAACACUCCCAUGUCUCCCAGUCAGAUCUAAAACAGGGUUCUGCUCCUUGUGCUUAUCUGAUCUGCAGACUUCAGGCCCACAUGUUUUGGCACUUGUAUAUUUUCUUGACCAUUAGUAGUUACCCUACACAUUCUUAUCCCUUCCCUCCAAGCUGAGGGCAUACUGUGGUCAAAAUCACUUAUUUUAAUAGGAAAAAAUUGCCAAUUCUGAAAUAGUAGUGCCCCUUGUUGGAAGAGGGGGGAUUGUAUACAUAGUCUGUACUUGUUUGUGGCUAUUCUCAGCUCUAGCCAUGUUUAAUUAAUUCUUUGUAAAAGCCUUCAACUGUGCCACAGAAAACCUGGUAAAAAGAAUUGUCCGUUUUGAUGGCCUUAAGUAUGUAACGUGGUUCAUGUCUUGCAUUGAGGUUUGAAAGCUCUCAGGUGUUGGUUAUGGAUUACAGAGGGCUGAUAAACAUCCCUAUAUUGGGGGAUUGGGGAAGACACAAAAUUAAAUGUUUUUGGUGGAUGCCAUAUGUUUUGCUGGCAUUGUGAGAGCUCUCUAGAGGGCUGCCUACUUUGGAAGAUUAAAUGCUCAAAAAGUUUGCAUAGAUUAUGCAGCUCUCUAUUAUCAGGUUACCUUGAAUGAAGAGAAAACGAGUGAAAAAAAUUAAGGUUAGAAGUAAGCUAGAAGUUGAGAGUUGUUGCCAGAUGUUAAAUUUUAGAGUAUCCUUUGAGCCUAUCCCUAUCCAAAUAUUUUUCUGAGUAUUUGUUUAGAGAAUGCUGCAAUCUUUAGAAUUAUUCUGUAAGGUUUUUUUAAGUAUGGAGGAAGGCAGCAACAGCUGAUAAUUUUUAUGGAGGUGUUGCUUAAUUGGCUUUUCUUCAGCCCAAAUAGGUACAUACCUCCUGUUUUGCUGGGAGGAGGUACAUGGUUGAAGACAAGCAGGUGGAUUAAGAUUCUCCUUGCACUCCUUCUUCCACUCAUCACAUCACCACAUUGUGGGGCUCAGCUUAGACCAGGGGUGAAUGGAAUUUGGAAUUCAGGUGCAGUACUUGCAAGAUGCGUAUUGACCUGACAACCAGACUUGGCCAUUUACAAGGACAAUUUUGGUAGAGUGUAGGAAAAGGCCUUCAUGUUCCCCUUUUAUAUCACUGGAGCAAUAAGCUUUCUAGGCCAAAGCAGCAAAAAGAGUUACGUUUUCAUCAGGUCAUCAUAUUCCCCGAGUCUCUGCAAUACCAGCCAUGACAGAGGGGAGAUGAUAGCUAGGGAACUAUAGCAAACCCUUGAGCACUUAGUGUUCCAGCCACUGUCACCAAGGGACUGUUGGGGUCUCAGGCAGUCUGUUGGUAAGGGAAAUGUGGUAAAAUGAGGUACUCAUACUGCUAUUGCUUUUUGCUUUUUUCACCUGGUAUCAAUAAUUAGCUUUCUCUGGUCUGCUUCCAUCUUUCCCUGUGAUGGUGUUGGACAGUGAAAGAUAAAGCAGGAUUUCCUAUCUACGACUGCUGUGUGCCCUUGAGAAUUAGCUUGACUUUGGACGUAAAACUUUUCAGAUCUUAGUCUACCUACUGCCUUUGUUUAUGGAUCUGUAGUUCUGUGGACCUCUGGCUCUGUCUUCAGAGGCACAGUGGAUUUGGGAGCAAUUCUUUUGUGGAAGUCCCAGAAUAAGACAAUUGCCAUCAAGUGAGUUUGCAUUCAUAAUUGGUUUGCCUUCCACCUAAUUUUAGUUCUCGUUGUCUCCAGUUUGGAGUCCCUGAGAAGGCUGGUUGUGGACUGAACUUGUGGAAGGAACCCUCUUCAGGAUUAUCUAAGUCCCAAGUGACCCUGAGCACCAGACUAGAAUUGUCACUGGGCCUGACUCAGCAUCUCCAGAGCCCAUGCCACAGCUUCCCUGCAUUUCCAGGUGUACCUUUGGAGGCCACCUUCUCCUGCAGAUUGUGAGGGGCCAAAAAGGCUUUCUUCUUCAUUCUCCUUCCCUUUUUCAAGUCUAGUAGGGAAAUCUCCUGUUUGCCCCAGCAGUGAAUAGUUGCCUUCCUACCACCUACCUGGGAGCCAAGAAUUUGGGAUACUUUGUCUUUAUCAAUAUGUCAAUUGAAAGGGCCUACUUUACUAGUUUUUUAAAAGCAAGGUAUGUUGGGGCGUUGAAUUUUUAAAUAGAAUCUCUUUUCAUGUUUGAGUGAUUGUUAUUCUUUCUAGAAGCAUUCUCUUGUUGUCAUGACCCAGUUAUGAAUGCUUUUGAGUUUAGGAAGGACAAAGUGAUGAAAUUUGCAUGAGACAGAAUAAAUAUCUUAUGAGGAGUGAAAGAACCUGAGGAAGAUACCUGCUCCGGAAGGGAACUAAUGCACAGCAGCCUUCUCAGUAGCCUGAAGGUUCGAGGAAACAGGAUUUACAGCCUUUGCCUGCUCUUAAAAUACAUAGAUCUAUGUAAAGGCAGUUUCUAUAGACACCACACGCACAGCCACACGAAGCACACAAUUCCCAGGGCUUCCUUUUUCUGAAUGUUAAUCCAUCUUAUAGACCAUCGAUUGCCAGACUUUCUUGAGUUUUUUAGAUUUUAUGCUCUCACUUUUUAGAGUUUAUGAGAGUGGUUCUUUCCUCUUUAAAAUGUACCAUAUGUGUUAUAUGUAUAUAUAAGUUAAUGUGACUUGAAAUUUAUUUGGUUUGACAUUAUCUCAAAAGCCCUAGAUAUUAGUAUUGAUAGCAUGGGGAGUCAUAGAAAGAAAGUUGAAUAUCACUGAUCUGACAGUAGGAUCCAGGAAGAAGUCGCUUUGGUUCCUGAUCAGUUAAUCCUCAGGUGUUUGAGUAACCAACCCAGUAAGACUUGGCAAAUGCAGUAAGCCACCCAAGGAAAGCAAAGUGGUAGUUUUUGCACAUAUUUCAGCAUGCAUUUUCAUUUCCUAUUCAGUUCUUAUUUUUUAUCCAAAUGCCCUUCUCAUUUUUCCCUAGGAAAUUUUUUAGUUUGGGACUUAAAACCAGAUUUAUCUGUUGUUGUAGAGACUUCCACAGACCCUGUGUUUUAGGGGCCUCCAUCAUCUCUGGGGGCUGGGGGGUAUAAAUAUCAUGUUCAUGUCAUUUCUAAACACCCAAGUGAAAAAUUUCAAUUCCCAGUCCACAAAAAGGUCGACUACUAAUUGACUCAAUGACCACUAUCCUGCAGAAAAGCUGAAAUAAAUAGUAAAGGUUAAAUUUUGACUGGUGCUUAGACAUUUCCUAGUUACAUUAAAAUUAACUCAAGCAGACAGCAGCAUAUUAACCUGAAUCACACCUGUGAGGAAUUUACCCUCUAAAUUUGAUUUCAUUUUUCAUCUCCAGGGCCUUAAUAAGAAUGUGUUAAUACACAUGACUAUUUUACAAUGAUAGCUCUAAAUAAUUUAUUUUUUAUUUCAAGAAAGAGAAAUACACCUUAGAAAAACAAAACCCAAGAUUUUAUUUUAUUUUUAAAGCCAUAUUUUUGUGCUAGUAGCACUUAGAUUGUUCCAUAUGUGAGAUCCAUAUCUGCAUUUCAUUACCUGGGUUUGUUCUAAAGAAGAUUUAUUUUUGUUCUGUGAAUAAUUUUUGAUGGUUCUUGUACAUGUACAGAUAUAGAUACGUUUGAGGUCUUUUAUUGAUAUUCCUACAAAGAAUACAAAUAAACUUUAACUUUAAACAUUUCAGACUAAAGUUGCUACUGUAUUUGACAUAUUACUAUCUUACUUCUAGCAUAUAUCUGGGUGAUUAGGAUACUUGGAGAAAAACCAGAAAGAAAAUGUAUGAGGGAACAUUAUUCUGAAGGUAUAUUUUAAUAUUAGGAACAAUGUGUCUUAGAAUUUCCCAGCUUACAGGUAGAUGCUUAGAUGCAGGACAAAUAGCUACCAUUAACUAUAUGGCAUUGUGAUAAUACCUUUAGAAAGCUCCUCAUUCUGGAGCAUUUGAAAUCUCUUUAAUGGCUUGUCGCUGAUAAAGAGUCCUCCACUUUGUUUAGAAGUAUGGCCCCACCUAGCUUCCCAGACCUCUACUGUCCUCUCAAUUCCCCACAUAGAUUAAUGGGGUUAAUGGGGUUUGUUUCAGGAUUUUUGUUGUUUGGUUCUUGGGAUUUUUUGUUCUUGUUUGCUUGUCAUUCUCAAAGUUAUUGUUCUAAAAUACCUCCAUCUUCUCCUGCUUACCUAUUUCAUUCUAUAAAAUCCAGCAAUGCAGGUUCCAUCCGUAGUUUUCUUUAGUCCUAGGUGUAGGUCUGAAAUUCCAUCAGUUAGCCUCUUCACAUAUCUGGAGUUAUUUCUAAUUCUGAUGUAUUAGGAAUUAAAAAACUAAAAUUCACUUAAAAUCCAGAGAAGAUUGUACAAGGAGACUCCAGAUCAG